CAUUUGUUCAAAUAAAACCGAAGCUUGAAGUGCGUUUUCGUUCCUUGCUACAGCGAAAAUAUGUGGAGGCUUCUACUUUUGCUAAUCAACUUAGGUGUCAUCUAUGCAAAAAUGCAUUCUCUGGAAUACGUUUAUACAGCAACUACAGAAAUAAGGAGCUUUCCAGAGGUUGUUAUUGUAGGAAUGGUCGAUGGUGAACAAAUGUUCUACUAUGAUAGCAAGAUUCAUCAAGCUGUGCCCAAACAGGACUGGGUGAACAAAGCUGCAGAUCCUCAGUACUGGGAGAGGAACACUGGCAACUGUCUUAAUUUUGAACAGAACAGCAAAGUUAAUCAGGAGACUCUUAAACAACGGUUUAACUACACUGGAGGUGUGCACACAUUCCAGAGAAUGUAUGGCUGUGAGUGGAAUGAUGAGACCGGAGAAACAAAUGGUUUUAAAGCGUAUGGAUAUGAUGGAGAGGACUUUCUCUCUCUGGAUUUAAAGGAGAUGAGGUAUAUUUCUCCAGUGCAGCAGGCCUCCCUCACCUUACUGAAGUGGAACAAUGACAAAGGUCAAAUUGAGAAUGACAGACAAUACUAUGGUACUACAUGCAUUGAGUGGCUGAAGAAGUAUGUACAGUUUGCAGAGAACAGCCUGAAAAAAACAGUCUCUCCUCAGGUGUCUCUGUUGCAGAAGGAUUCCUCUUCUCCAGUCUUGUGUCACGCAACAGGUUUCUACCCCAGUGGAGUGAAAAUCAGCUGGCUGAGAAAGGGACAAGACCAUUAUGAGGAUGUUGAUAUUGGUGAACUCGUUCCUAAUGGAGAUGGAACCUUUCAGAAAACAAGCACCCUCAAAACUGAUGAGUGGAAGCAGAACCAGUACAGCUGUGUGGUGGAACACCAGGGCAAAACCAUCAACACAAUUGUGACAGAGCAGGAUAUCAAAACUAAUAAUAGAGGAGUUCCCAUUGGCCUCAUUGUUGGUGUUGUUGCUGCUUUCGUCUUGCUGGUUGUCAUUGGAGUUAUUGGGUAUAUGGUGUAUCAGAAGAAAGGGAAGUCAGGCUUUGUUCCUGCCAACACCUCUGAUGGUGGUUCUAAUAACUCAAGUCAGGGACCACCAGCCUAAAAAUGAGACACAAGAUGACUGUGAGGGAAUUAAACCUUCCUGAUGACUUCAUGACGCUCAUCUUGCAGUCAAAGUUUCUACAGCAGUCACUCAACUAAAUACACAUAAACAUACACAAACAUACUGUCAUAACACAUACACCUACUCAUCACACUGCUUAAGCCUCUUUUGUCUCAGAUAUUUCUCCUCAGAAAAAGACUAAAAUCUAACAAAUGUCACAGCCUGAGCUCAGAUUUAACAAAUCUGCAAAUCAAAAGUCAAAAUCAUUAAAGACAUCAAUAUGAACUCAAUUUAUCCAAAUCCAGAUUACUAUAUCUAUACAAUCUCUAAAUUAAUUUUACAUUAAUGAUUUUAUUCAGUUCUGUCUUAUUUGCCCUAAACAAAUUUAAAGAUAAACAUCUGAGACUGGGUUAAAAAUAUAAAACACAAGGACAACUCCAUCAAAUCUCCAGAGCUAUGAAAGAGCAAACUCUAAUAACAACAUUUUGACUAGGGCAAUGUGUAGAAAAAUAGUGAAGGCGUUUGUUUCUUUUCUUUUUUAUUAUUAAGAUGUGGUAAUUUCAUUGUCUGAAAACUCAUAUAUUGCUUUCAUUACAAAAUAAUACAAUUCACUUUAUUGUUCUUUUAAUGUUCCUGGUUAACUAUAGAGAAGUCUUGAAUAGAUAGAAAAUAACAGAAUUGGUGGUGGAUGACAGAAGAAAAUUGUCUACUUUUAUAUAUAAUGAAAUUUAUCCUUUUAAAAUUAAGGUUGCAUUAUUGAAAUUGGGUUAAUAAUCUCACUCUUUGUAAAUAUAUAUAAUGAUUUAUGGUGUUCAUCUGUUUGUUUAAUUAUUUCUCUUUUUACUUUAGAGAUGAGGUUAAGAAUAAACUAUAAAAGGAAAAUAAUGACAAUUAAUGCUAUUGAAAUUUCUAGUUGUACAUUACUUUUGAAACAGUAAAAUAUUAUUUUUUGGGUUAUUCAUAGUAAAAAUCAAAAUUAUGUAAUGUUAACUUUUUCCUUUCUCCAAGAUUGACUUUCAUUUUGCCUUGAAAUAAACUGUCACAUGAAAUGGAA